AUGGCGUCCAACAGCAGCGGCGGCGGCAGCUCCGACAGGCAACGGAUUGCUCAGCAAAGAUUGAGAAUAAUUGCCGGACAUUUACAGGGACGGGUGGACGGUGACUCGACCAUUUUAGCCGCCGAGUGCAAAGCCCAGGGCAGCCAGACAGAUGUCUCCAGUGAGGAGAAGAAGACGGUGCCGAGGAGAAGGCAGGAGAUUAUGAAGUGGAACGGCUGGGGAUACAGCGAUACAAAAUUCCUCUUCAAUAAGAAAGGUCAAGCAGAAUUUACCGGCAAAAGGUAUAGACUAAGUGGUAUGAUCAUGCCUGCUCUGAAAGAAUGGUUUGAAGGCACGUUUGGAGCCAGUAUGCAGCAUAAAUCUCUAGCAACGCCCGUUCUGACUAGCAGUGCUGUACAGCCUCCCAUUCUUAACGAGGCCUUCGAGGAGGAACUGAAGUCCACUGGUAUUCCCUCCUCUCAUGACGCAGAGGACCGGGUGUAUCGCGCCCACGGCCAUUGCUUAAACGAGAUCUUUGCUCUGCGAGAGGGAAAAGUUGGUCGUGUUCCAGAUAUGGUGGUAUGGCCAAACUGUCACAAGGAUGUCGUGGAAAUUGUGGAACUGGCAUGCAAACAUGAUGUUUGUUUGAUACCAUAUGGAGGAGGGACUAGUGUCUCUAGUGCCCUCGAGUGCCCCCCAGAGGAAACUCGCUCCAUUGUCUCUGUGGAUACUUCACAGAUGAACCGCAUUCUGUGGAUUGACGAGAAAAAUUUAACUGCCCGUGUGGAAGCUGGCAUCGUCGGUCAGGAUUUGGAGAGAUUGCUUAAUGAGAGCGGCUACUGUACGGGGCAUGAGCCUGACUCCAUGGAGUUCAGCUCCCUGGGGGGGUGGGUAGCAACCAGAGCAUCAGGCAUGAAGAAGAACAUCUACGGCAACAUUGAGGACCUGGUCAUCCACGUAAAGAUGGUUACCCCACAAGGGGUGAUUGAAAAAAGCUGUCAGGGCCCGCGCAUGUCCACGGGGCCGGACAUUCACCACUUCAUCAUGGGCUCAGAAGGAACCCUGGGCGUGGUUACUGAGGUAACGAUGAAGAUUCGUCCCAUGCCAGAGUACCAGAAAUAUGGCUCAGUGGUAUUCCCUAAUUUUGAGCAGGGAGUUGCCUGUCUUCGAGAGGUUGCCAAACAGAGGUGUGCCCCAGCAUCUAUACGACUCAUGGAUAAUGAGCAAUUUAAAUUUGGUCAUGCCCUGAAACCUCAAGUAUCUUCACUUUUCACAUCCUUUCUGGACGGGUUGAAGAAAUUUUACAUCACCAAGUUCAAAGGGUUCGACCCCGACCGCCUGUGUGUGGCCACCCUGCUGUUCGAGGGAGACCGUGAGAAGGUCCUGCAGCAUGAGAAGCAAGUUUACGACAUUGCUGCAAAAUUUGGGGGGCUGGCAGCUGGAGAGGACAAUGGGCAGAGGGGCUACAUGUUGACCUUCGUCAUCGCUUACCUCCGGGACUUGGGGAUGGACUACUAUGUGAUCGGGGAGUCCUUUGAAACCUCUGUGCCUUGGGACAGGGUGUUGGACAUUUGCAGAAACGUAAAGGCGCGCAUCACCCACGAGUGUAAAGGCAAAGGAGUGCAGUUUCAACCGUUAUCCACAUGCAGGGUGACUCAGACGUACGAUGCUGGGGCCUGUGUCUACUUUUACUUUGCCUUCAACUACAGGGGACUCAGUGAUCCAGUACACGUGUAUGAACAAGUGGAGCGUGCAGCUAGAGAAGAGAUCCUUGCCAAUGGAGGGAGCUUGUCACAUCACCAUGGAGUGGGCAAACUUCGGAAGGAGUGGAUGAGAGAGACCAUCUCCAAUGUUGGCAUGGGGAUGCUCAAGUCUGUCAAGGACUACGUGGACCCCAAAAACAUCUUCGGCAACAGGAACCUCCUCUAAUUUCCUGCUCACCUUUAAUCUCACCUUUUUUCGAAAAAGCAUCUUGAGCAUUUUGGAUUAAUAGCUACUAAAUGUGAAUUGAAAAUGGACAGACAUGUUGUCUUUUUCAUCAAAAGUGUAAUUCGGUGCCAUUUAUUGACCUUUUACGUUAUAUUGCACUUAAUAUGCUGUAACAAUUACUGUCGCUCACGGUGAAGCUCCUUUUUGCUGUUGAGUCGCGGCCUCAGCUUGUUGUAGGAGCGACGGCCAUGAUGCAACAAAACCUUGAUUUUUGUCAUCAUUUUUUUAAGAUUAAUCAUUUCCUAAAUAUUCUUGCCAACACUUAAUUCAGUUAAUAACAGUUAAUUCAUCUCUGUUUGAUUUUACUUUCCUCUUGUGCGUGCAUGUAUGUGGCACGUCUUUAGUAAGUUCUAGAUGAAUGCACUUCCUAAAGCUCUGUGCCUUUUUCUAAAGCUUUCGUCUGCCUUCCCCUUCACCUACGAAAUACUCCGCUGGUGAACAGUGAGUCCCUCGGUGAAGCAACAUUGACUUGAACAUGAUGUUUUCUGUGUCUUUUUCUUGCCCUCAUGCCUUUUGUUAUACUGACCUAUUGCCAUAAGCCACUUUUUCUGGACUGUAUGUGUGUGCCUCUGCCUCCACUAAAGAUUCCUUCUGCCACCAUAUUUUAACAAUAACCUCCCCUCCCCCUCCUGGAAGUACAGUACGAUUACAGAGAGAGAUAUUCCUUGUGGGUUUAGUUUUUUGUACUGAAAGUGUUUACCUUGCAUGGUUUGUUACUGAGAAAGUGAAGUGGGGGGAAGCCAUUGCGUUUUUUCCAAUCACGCCCCCUUCAAUGUGACCACGUUUGCAGUUUAAGGCCUCUGGAUCCCGGUGCUCACGUCGUACCAAAGACUCAACACAUCAGAUCAUUCAAACAUAUCCUAAACAUAUGUUUUGACUAUGUGACCUUCACACACAUUAAGUAACUUCAUGCACAGCUAAACUAUAUUUUUAAAUCAGCAUAUGCAAAGAUGACCCUUCUGAGCGAGGUAAAAGGUCGAUGUUUGUGUCCGUUAUGUGCUAAAACGUUCUACAUCAUGUUUCUUAUGUUUAAGACACUAUUGAAAUAUUUCUCAUCCUUUAGAAUUGCCCAGAAACUAAAAGAAAAUAGUUUCCCUUGUUACUGUGUAAAGGAUUUUUGGAACGGAUACUGUAAUGUACUAAAGUUUGAUAAUAGCCUUGUACCAUUUGUAAUUGUAAACCAUUGGUUUUUGAAGCAAACUAAAGCUUUAAGAAAGCUGUUUGUUGAGGAAUCUCGCCUUCUCCCCCUUCUGAUCUGUGAUUCACAUUUUCCUGAACCACCUUGUCCUUUUUUAAUUCAUAAUAUUUCCCCAAAUAAAAGGACUCAUUAGGGACCUGUCAUGUGACAUUUUACCUGUGUCAAAACAACGUGUGAGAGCUUUUGAACGUCAUGGAUGUACCUUUUUGUUAUGUUCCACUUCUCUUAACGACGUCAUAUAAACCAAGUACAUUUUGUCUAUGCUGUUUGUGCAAUAAAUUGAACAUCCUA